GUAUUCUCAGGUGUGAUAUAAUAAGACGUAGAUAACCGCCGAUCACCGUCAGUCAUCACUCGCCGGCAACCGCUAACCGGCAACGGCGGCAGGCAACCGGCAUUCGCGUCCCGUCCGUCGACCUGUGUGAACGUGCGCGCGCUUCGUCUACCACACGGUGUCGGCCGUCGCGUUUCUCGUGCUCGUCCCGCGACGGGUGAUAACAGUUUUCGCUACUGAUAACAAACGCGCACCAAAAUAAUAACAAAAUACACCACACCUAUCGAUAUUAUUGCAGUCGUCUGCUUGUUAUUACUAUCAUCAUCAUCGUAAUAACAGAAAUCAGUAUUCAGUGUUUACUUUGUAGCAUCGGCGGCUGGUCGACGGCCGUCCGUGUAUUGCCGAAAAUGUGAUCGGCCGGCCGCGGUGGAACUAUGUCCAGAAAAACCAAACGAUGGCUGUUACAGUUGCAGAUAUUACUCGCCCUAUUGGCGCUCGCAUCGUUCGUUUUUUACCAACAGGUGGGAAUCGCCGGAGGCAAUGUGCUCACUCCUGUCCAGCAACAGCUGCCAAAAACAGUAAGCAGUUCAGCAAAUUAUUCAAUGUUGGAAAGAAAAACAUUUCAACGCAUAUUGCCUGUCGAUGAUGACCUUUUAGAAAAAGUGUUCAUCACCGUAAAAACUACUGGCAGAAAUCACUUGACCAGGUUGCCCGUAAUUAUAAAGACUUGGUUUCAACUUGCAAAAAAACAGACUUGGUUUUUUACAGACACUAAUGAUCAACAUUUAAGUCAAGUGACGGGUGGUCACGUCAUAAAUACUAACUGUUCAGCUACUCAUAGUAGACGUGCAUUAUGCUGUAAGAUGUCUGUCGAAUUGGACGUGUUCCUUGAAUCGAAAAAGAAGUGGUUUUGUCAUGUAGACGAUGACAACUAUGUUAAUGUUCCUGCUUUGGACGAAUUAUUAAAAAUGUAUAAUCCAAUUGGAGAUUGGUAUUUGGGACGCACUAGCACUCCAAAGCCUUUACAAAUUCGCACCAAAUUUCAAAAAACUACAUUUUGGUUUGCUACUGGAGGUGCUGGAUUUUGUUUGAGCCGUGCAUUAGUACUUAAAAUGGCACCGAUAUCUGGGAAUGGAAAACUUAUGGCAAUUGGGGAUCGUAUAGGUCUUCCAGAUGAUGUUAGCGUCGGAUACGUUAUAGAACAUUUGUUGAAAAUACAAUUGACUAGAGUGGAACAAUUUCACUCGCACUUGGAGCCAAUGAGACUUAUAAAAAAAGAUUUAUUCAACGAACAACUGACGUUUAGUUAUUCUUUGGACAAUGAUCCAAACACUGUGGACGUGGAUGGAUUUAACGAAAUCACUGAUCCUACCAGAUUUCUUUCACUGCAUUGCUUUUUGUUUCCUGAAGCUUCGAAUUGUGUUGAAAAAUAAGUAUCAAGUAUACUAUUAAUCGUUAUAUUGUUCCAGAGACUUAGUAAGAGUUAAUAAAAUCAAAUUUAGUGUCGUUUUGUAACAUUUUGCUCGGUAUUUUUUUUUAGUUGUUGUCUUGUUUGACCUAACGUUUUAUUAACUUGAAAUAUAAAAACCAUUAAUCAUAAGGUCUUCUGAAUGUGCAUGUCAUGGCUGAUCAGAAGGUGGGAAACCGUCAUAAUGGUUGCGACUAAUAUUCGUGUGCUUACAGUUGAAUACUCAUUUCCCAUAAUGUGCCCGAAUGAUAGGACUGAAAAUUCCCUCAUUACUAUAUCAUUUGUUACGAUAAUGACAUUAACUAUGAAUAUUUUCGAUUAAUCUUAAAUUUAGGUUAGCCUAAAUUAACUUUAUACUAAAAAUGACACUUAUAAGAAUUUCUUUAAUUUUAGUUUUUUAAGUAUUAGAUACUCGGAACAGUCUGAACAAAUAUACUAUUUUACAUGAAUGUUAUUUUUUGAAUAUUUUCGGUUAUGUUUUGUACAAAGAUUUAAAAUGUAUUAAACAUUUUCAUAGAAGACAUUAUUUAAACAAUUAAUCAAUAGGAAGUUCGUGUAAACAGUAUAAACAAUA